AGCUUAGAUUGUCUUCUAUUUACUCCUUAUGCAUACAUCCAUACAUUCUUUGUCUGGAGUCAAGAAUUAGUUCCCCUGAUAAAGUAUUGUCAAUUCGCUCAAGCACCGGCUGUUUAUGUAUAUAUCUGAUGGAUGCUAAUUUACGCUGCCGCUACAUGUAGUUUCUAUUUCUCAAUGAGGCGUUAGUCUUAUGUAAAGUUCUUUGAUAAUGAGACUGAUGUCUUCAUCGUUUGAAAUACAUACAAGUUGUUGCGAAAGUAUCUCUACUUUUGUAGAGUUCAAGUUUGAUCGUAAUGUGAACAUCUGAUAUAUUUCAUAUUCGGACUGCAUUGAUAUAUUUUCACAACCAAUUGAGAUAAUCAUUUCUCGUCCAAGCUACGUCAUCAAAUUCAUAUUUUGAAGACUGCAAUUAUGUGUAGUAGAACACCUGUUACAUUGUUUACUUCUCUUCAGUUAAAAUCUGCAUUAUUUCUUCUGAUUUCCAACAUACAAUAAAAGCACUUUUAUGCUAUAUUCACAUGUUAACUGAAUGAUUUUGUCAUGAACUUAAACUUGAAAAGCUGACUAAUUAUUUUCACUUAGACUGUGUACUGGCUCUUUCAGAUUUUGAUUUAACUAAAUGGCUGGAACUAGUUUAAGAAUUUAUUUUGACUUAACCCACUUAGCAUUUAAAUUGGUUAUAUUUGACCCAAAUAUUCUAUCUGAUUUAUGUUCAGACUGGCCAGAUCCUACCUAUCACACCUACUCUCAUUCUAGAAAAUAAACAAUCACAUCAUUGAAAUCUCGAAGCUACAUGAUAAUAUAGGAUUAAUUCAAAACAAUGUGAAUAAAUAAGCAUCAUAUUUGACAGAAUAAUCUGAAUGCUAAAGGGUUAAAAAUUACCAAAUUUAGUUCUGGAAAAGGAUUCUAUCCUACAAGAAAUUAGACUACAAAUCUCUGCAGUUGAGAAAACUUCAAAUUUAAUGAGAGGGAAAGAGGAAAAAAAUAGGACUAUUUUACAGAAAGUAUAGGUUUAGAAUAAUUCUUUGGAAAUUUGUUCCAACAUGUCCUAACCAUGAUGGCUAAAACAGACUAAAGAACAUAAAUCAGAAAAGUAAAAUAAUUUUUGUGAUUUGUAAAAGAGAACAUAAUGGAAGAUGAAUCAAAGAGUCAGCUUUUUGGAAAAACACAGCUGGAAAAUAUUGAUUUUUCUCAUGAGAAACAAGGAGAGAUGGAGAAUAAAUCCCACUCCAAAGACAUUUUUGCAACAAAAAAUAAUUUAAAGGAAAAAAAAUUUCCUCACUCUGGAUCAAAGUCUUACCAAUGUAAAGAAUGUGGGAGAAAUUUUACAAGAAACAGUUCUUUAUAUCGGCACCAGCUUAUUCAUACGGGAGAGAAGCCAUACCAUUGUGAUAUCUGUGGUCGAAUGUUUUCACAAGAGAACAGUUUACAUAGACACAAGUAUAUUCACACAGGGAAGAAACCAUACCAAUGUGAUAUUUGUGGGAAAAGGUAUAAUGGGAAUAGUGAUUUAUCUUGGCACAAACGUACACACACAGGGGAGAAACCAUACUGCUGUGAUGUCUGUGGUAAAAGGUUUACCGGAAAUAGUGAUUUAUCUCGGCAUAAACGAAUUCACAUGAGAGAAAGAUCACAUCAGUGUGAAAUCUGUGAUAAAACAUUCUCUACAAGUAGCCAUUUAUACAGGCACAUACGUAUUCAUUCAGAGGAUAAGCCAUCAUACCAGUGUAAUAUUUGUGGCCAAACAUUCUCAACCAGUGCUAAUCUAUCUCGCCAUAUACGUAUUCACACAGGAGAAAAGCCAUACCAGUGUGAUAUAUGUGGUAAGGAAUUCUCGAGAAAAUAUGUUUUAUUCAGUCACAAAAAUAGUCACUCACAAGUAAAGCCAUACCACUGUAAUAUCUGUGGUAAAAUGUUCUCUUACAGUACUGGUUUAAAUAGUCAUAAACAGACUCAUACAGAAGAUACACCACACCACUGUGAUAUCUCUGAUGAAAACUUCUCAGACAGCAUUAGUUUAUCUUCCCAUAAACAUACUCACACAGAGGAGAAACUAUACUGCUGUGAUGUCUGUGGUAAAUCAUUCUCUGUCAACAGUAAUUUAUGUAGCCAUAAACGUAUUCACACUGGAGAGAAACCAUACCAUUGUGAUAUCUGUAAUAAAACAUUUUCUAGGAGUAACUCUUUGUCUAUUCACAAACGUUUUCACACAGGAGAGAAGCCUUAUCGCUGCAAUAUCUGUGGUAAAUCAUUCUUUGCUGCUAGCGGUUUGUAUUUCCACAAACGAACUCACACAGGAGAGAAACCAUACCAUUGUGAAAUCUGUGGUAAAACAUUUUCUAUGAGUUUUAGUUUAUCUAACCACAAACGUACACACACGGGAGAGAAACCGUAUCACUGUGGUGAUUGUGGUAAAACAUUUACUUGCAACAGUUCUUUGUAUCGUCACAAAAGGAUUCACAGAAAAGAUUAAUAAUAUUUGAGGCACACCCUAUAACACUGAAUGGAAUUUGUGAACAAAAAAAUAUUUACAGCUCUCUGACACACUACCAUUGUCAUAUAUGUCCAUGCAUGUUGUUAUUUUACUGAUUUCAGGAGUGUGGACAUGCUGGAGCACUGCCUUUAUGGGUUUCAGUUAAUUGCAUUGUCACUACUACUGUACCUUUUCAGUUGUUUAUUAAUUACAGAAGGGUAAAAAGCAAGAUAGAUCGAUCUGAACUUAAAGUGAUAUAAAGGAAUAUUUCCAAAUAUUCAGAUAACCUGUCAAGUAAAAGUUCUUAAAUAGACAAGACAAGCAAAAUGCCCCCCAAUGGACAGUGCUGAGUUGUCAAACAUUUAAACCAAAUUUUCUCAAAACAACUUGUCCGACCGUCCCAUAGGCCUCCCCUUUGAAAAACACUAAUCGCAACAGCUGAUGUACUUGCA